AUGGCUAUUGCACCGAUCACUGGCAUGCUGCGACGACAGCUUAUCCUCGACCUCGGCGUCGGUCUUGGUAAAUACCGAACCUCCCUCCAGUUGCCCGCAAAGUUUUGGCGCUGCUUCGACACUGGGAAUCAUCAUCUUUGCUUGUUCCCUUUGGCUUACAUCGCAAAUACAGGAGCUGGUUUCGUCAUGGCCAACUGGUACUGGUACGGCUACCACAUGCCCCGAACCAAUAGCCGAGACGCCUACUACGCCAAGAAGGAGGCCGAGCGAGCCGCCGCGCAGUCACAGGCACAGUAA